ACGUAUAAACAGACUGGAGAGAUCAGCUCACCGUAAAAUAAGAAAUGCAUUCCUCGGAUCAACAAGUAAAACUCCUGGGUGCUGGAUGAGUCAAAUAUACAAGAGAGUGCUCACACUGGCUGAUUGUAUCAUUAUAUAUUCUGCAGUUCAUAUCUCUCUGAUAUUUACAUGUAGGGCUGGCAAAAUCCAGGAGUCAUUGAUGGGAAACCACACUGCAAUAACAACAUUCAUCCUUCUGGGACUGACAGAAGAUCCUCGGCUGCAGCUCUUGCUUUUCCUUUUUCUAUUUCUCACCUACAUAUUGUGUAUAACCGGAAAUCUGACCAUCAUCACCCUAACCCUGCUGGAUCCCCACCUUAAAACCCCCAUGUAUUUUUUCCUCCAAAAUUUCUCUUUCCUAGAAAUCUCAUUUACAAGCUGCAUUCCAAGAUUCCUAUACAGUAUAUCAACUGGGGAUAGAACAAUUACCUAUAAUGCAUGUGCCAUUCAACUAUUUUUUAUAGAUCUUUUUGGGGUAACUGAAUUCUUUCUCUUGGCCACCAUGGCAUAUGAUCGCUAUGUGGCCAUCUGUAAACCUCUGCAUUAUAUGACAAUCAUGAGCAACAAACUCUGCAAAACAAUGGUUGCCUGCUGUUGGCUGGCAGCACUUCUGAUUAUCCUCCCUCCGCUCAGCUUAGGUUUUCAUCUGGAAUUCUGUGAUUCUAAUUUCAUUGAUCAUUUUGGCUGUGAUGCAUCUCCUCUCCUGAAGAUCUCAUGCUCAGACACCUGGUUAAUUGAGCAGAUGGUUAUAGCCUGUGCUGUACUGACCUUCAUCAUCACCCUUGUGUGUGUAGUUCUCUCCUACAUAAACAUCAUCAGGACGAUUCUAAAAUUCCCUUCUGCCCAACAAAGAAAAAAAGCCUUUUCUACCUGUUCUUCCCACAUGAUUGUCGUUUCCAUCACCUAUGGCAGCUGCAUCUUCAUCUACAUCAAACCAUCUGCCAAGGAAGAGGUAAAUCUCAAUAAAGGUGUGGCAUUGCUUAUUUCUUCCAUUUCACCAAUGCUGAAUCCUUUUAUAUAUACUCUGAGGAAUAAGCAAGUUAAACAAGCCUUUCAUGACACACUCAAAAAAACUGCAUUUCUUUUAGGAAAGUAAAAUGUAUCUCUUGAUAUACCUACCCAAAAAUGCACAUCUACCUUAUUUUUUUUCAUAAGGCUAACAACCAAUACUAUAUUUUCUUAGCUUAUAGACCAAUCAGGAUGACCUCACUGGCAUUUAAUCAUUCAUUUUCACUUCAGUUCAUAAACUAAAGUACUAAUUAUUAAUCAUUGCUUUGUGAGGAACAAAAUACAUCAUUUUUAAUCCUGUACACAGAGCCUAUCAUAAUUAAGUCAUUGAUUUUUCUUCUUUUAGAUGUUUUUCCCAGGGUUUUUACAAUAUCAGAGUAGAGAUAACAUUCUUUAAUAAUGAAUUAUAAUUGACAUAAAAUAUUAUAUUACUUUCAAGUGUACAGCAUAAUUUUUAUACAUGAUGAAAUGAUCACCACAAUAAGUCUAGUUAUCAUCCAUCUGUUGAGAUGUUAACAUAGUAAUUAGGGAAAAUUUGAGCAUUGGGACACCAAUAUAGUUGACAUCUUAGAUGAAAUGGGAAAUAUCUUUGAAAGAUACAAAUUACAAACUUCACACAAAAAGAAACAGAACAUUUGCAUACAUCUCUUUCUAUUUUAACACUGAAUUAAUACCUAAAAAUCUUUUCACAAAGAAAACUCCAAAAUUAUGUUGCCUCAUUGGUGCAUCAAAGGGAUAAAUAAUCCAAUCUAUGAAAAUUCUUUCAAAACACAUGAGGAAAGAAUACUUUCUCAUUUUAAGAAAUCUGCAUAAAUCAGAUACUAAUACUAGACAAAGAAAUCACCAUGAAAGUGUAGACCAAUACCCCUCAUGAUCAUAGAUGCAAGUAUCUUUAACAAUACUAUCAAAGCUCAAUAAUAAAAACCAAAUAAAUAUGGUCAAGAAUACUCAGUAGACACUUCAUAAAGGAAGUUACAAGAAUAGUUAAUAGGCACAGGAAACGAGCUCAAUAAAACCAAUAAUCAGAAAAAUUCAAAUUAUAACUAAAAUGACUCACACCCUCAUUAGAACAGCUACAGUUAGACUCCAGGCUGACAACGUAAGUCAAACAAGGACACAGAGCAGCUGGAACCAUCAUGCAGUGAUGGUGGACACACAUGAACU